AUGGAAAAUUCUCCAUUUGGCAGUCUCUGCCCGACGCUCGCCAUUGCUUCCUCCUGGUCCGCCAACGAUUCCGUUUUUGGCAAAGCGUUCCUCAGAUUCCAGAAAUGGGGACAAGAAUAUGGCCCGAUAAUCUCACUAAAAACUGGGCCUGCCAAUCUUGUUGUUCUGAACUCGGCGAAAGACGUGAAUGAACUAUUCGACAAGCGUGGCUCGAUUUACUCAAGCCGGCCUCCAAACCAUAUUGGCAACGAGAUAAUUACUCGCGAUAAUGUACACCUACUGCUCAUGCCAUACGGCCAGGCAUGGCGCACGCAAAGGAAAAUAUACCAGGCCCUUGUCAGUAUCACUGCCGUCCGGUCACUGCAGCCAAUCCAAGACGCAGAGUCGACUCUAACAAUUCAUCAACUGGCACAAAACCCCGCAAGAUACUAUGAUCAUAUUCGCCGAUACUCCACCGGGGUGAUCCUUUCUUCGGUCUUUGGCGUCCGUGGCCCUGAAUUUGACCAUCCCAAUGUCACACGCCUCUAUCACGUUCAGGAUCAGUUUACCGCCAUUCUAGACACAGGUGCUACCCCGCCCGUGGAUAUCUUCCCCUUGCUCAGACGACUCCCAGACUUUAUGUCUCCAUGGCGUCGCUGGGCACGUCGGAUCCGGAAAGAACAACGUCAGCUCUACCUGGAACUGCUCCAUGACGUAAAAGAUCGACGAGUUCGGGGUUGCCGGCGCAAUUGUUUCAUGGACCAGCUGCUGGAUGAGAGCUUUCGCGAAAAGUACGAGCUGGAUGAUGAGCAUAUCGCGUAUAUUGGUGGGGUUCUGAUGGAGGGUGGAUCAGAUACUACGGCGUCCACAUUGCUUUCAUUUCUCCUCGCGAUGGUUAAGUACCCCGUUGUCUUCCGGAAGGCACAAGAGCAGGUUGACCGUAUCCUGCGCUGGAGGCCCGUAGCUGCAGGCGGUAUUCCGCAUGUGUUAAUUCAAGACGAUGAGUAUGAAGGAUACCACUUUCCGAAAGGGACGACCUUUCUAGCAAACACAUGGGCAAUACAUAAUGAUCCCGAACUCUACGACAAACCUGAAGAUUUUAUCCCAGAACGUUACGAAGAGUCCCCUAUGGGCUUCAAGCCAACACAGCGAAGAACUGAUGGUCUUCGGAAGACCUACGCGUUCGGUGCAGGAAGACGAAUCUGCCCAGGUCAGCAUCUGGCAGAAAACUCUCUUGAUAUCAAUGUUGCAAAACUCGUCUGGGCGUUUGAUAUCCGUGCAGGGACUGACCCGGUCACUGGGCGGCCAAUUAGCUCCAACGAGAUCAACGUUGAUAUAGAAACACAAUGGACGGACGGAUUUCUGAUCGCGCCUAAGCCCUUCCCAAUUACUUUGAGAGUCCGUUCAAAUAAACAUCGCGAGGUAUUGCAACAGGAGAUGGAUCAAGCUCAGAAAAUCUUCAGCAGAUAUGGCGAUUAG